AUGGGAGAAUUGCAGCCUGUGCGUAUGCACAAACCUGUGUACAUGCACACCAAGGAUAGCAUUAUGACUGCUGUGGCUCCUAUGGAGAUUCGUGUCUUCUCCGACUUGGUGAACAAAGCAAGGGUAGUAGAAGGCUAUGCCAAGACCAUGGCGGCAUCCAAGGACACUCAUGGAGGGAGCUCUAGUCGUGGGCGUGGCAAGUACUUCCAUCCAAAAGGACAAAGCUUCAAAAGAAGAGGAUAUGCACCUCAAGGCCAAGGGGGCUUCAGAAGGAACAAUCAGAAUCAGUUUCAGUAUGCUAAGGGGAGAGGAAAUCAGAGUGGUUGCUUCCAUUGUGGGUUACCUAGCCACAUUGCGAGGGAUUGCACUCAUGGGAGGAAUCAGAAUGCGGGCCAGAGUCAACAUCAAGGUCGAGUCUUUGCUGUAGAUGCCAAGGAUGCUUCCAAGGCGGAUCUGUUGAUGAGAGGUAUUUGUUUAUUUGGUUAUAAGACUUUAAUUGCAUUAUAUGAUACUAGAGCAUCGCAUUUUUUUAUCUCGUUUGCUAAAGUUGAGGAACUAGGCUUGAAAGUGUCAGAGUUACCUUUUGAUCUGCAUGUACAUACUCCACAUCAGACAAUUAUGACUAGGUCAGGUUGUAGACAAGUAGGUUUCAAGCUUGAGGGUAGAGACUUUGUGCAUGAUUUGAUAUGUUUACCUAUGGUUGGGUUGGAGAUGAUUUUGGGGUUCGAUUGGCUGUCGAAGAAUCGGAAAGAGUGUCAGGGUUACAUCUUGUUAACUGCUAAUGCUUCGGACGAUACCCAAGGCUUAGACAAGAUUCCGGUGGUUAGGGAUUUUUCGGAGGUAUUUCCGGAAGAUAUUCCUGAAUUUCCACCUCAAAGAGAGAUCGAGUUUGCGAUUGAAUUGGUGCCGGGAGCCGGACCAGUGUCGAUUGCACCCUAUAGGAUGGCUCCGAAAGAACUGACCGAGUUAAAGGUUCAGUUGGAAAAACUUCUGACCAAGAAGUUCAUUCGAUCGAGUGUAUCACCGUAG